UGGGACAAAGCGUACAGGAGAAGUGAUGGCCGUUUCUAUAGCGGUGCUCUGGGCCUCUUCUUUUCUGCGAUGACAGAAUACUGACGGAAGCUUGGUUGUCAGCCUUCGUGCAAAUUCGCAGAAGCCCCCCUUGGUAUCGAUGGUGCGCAACUGGACAUCCGAGGAGUUUUCGGCCGUCUGCGGCCCUCCUUGGUGUUGCCGAGUCCGCCCCCUCGAUCCCAAUGGCGGAUCAUCUGAUCCCAUCACGGUUAUCUGCCCUCCAUUAUCGUGUUCCACAUGCCAUCAACCCGAAUACUGCAAAUCGCAGUGCCAUGACUAUUUGGCGCAGUCCACGGGCUUGCUUCCAUGAGCGAACCUGUGAUAGUCCACACGACAAUUGCACCUUGCGCCCUCGUGCUCACAUUCGCCCUGGCCGCGGGCCUCGCUCGGUGGUGUCGGCGACCAGCGCGGGCGCAGUGCACCAGGGCCAGCGGAUUGUUUGAGGAGUACGUCAAACUGAACGCUAUUAUCUACGAGACGUUGAAAAACUCGCGGGGCAUUACGGGUAACCCGCCGCACAGCCUUGUGGAUGAUAACUCGCGCGCCGUCGUGUCACGACUGGCUCCGCUAGACAUCUGUCACGCGAAGGUACAGCGGGUAGCUGCUAAUGGGGUAGAGUACUUCCUGCGUUUGUCCGCCGAAACCGUUUCAUUGACGACCAGACGACCGUCGAGGCGUGCUUCAGCUUUCGCUUUAGACACUGCGACUGCCGGUACACACAUCGUCCGAAUACGCGGUACCGUUUCGCCCCGGCAGGACGUCAGGGGGCCGACGCGACCCUACGGGCUCGAGCGGACUACGUCGCCCUUCACUGUCUCUGACUGUGCUUUCCGCAAAGGUGCCGAUGCGCGGAGAGCGGACUCGUCAGCCCUUGCCGCAGCACGUAAGACUCCGCAGGUUGCAAUGGGAAAUGUAUCUUCGGACAUGGACGACGCAAACUUCAGAGGGCUCAUCGGACAUGAAGAUACCCUUCUUGCCUCUUCCUUCCAGAACGGCCUGUGGGGACAGGUGCGCAUCGACCUCACUUGGUUUGCAAAGCUGGAUUUUUCACCCUGA